UUGCCUUUGUGGGAGAUUCCACAGCUAGAAGACUUGUGCUUCGGAUAGACACGCCAACUUGAGGUCUACUUUAUGGCCUUUGUUUUGGAUAUGUAAGUGGAUGUUUAAGUAGUUUUAUACGUUUUGUUUCUCCAUGAAAUUUAUAUGGGAUGCGCCCAACCAAGAUGGAAACGGCUUGUCUGCCGGUCGGACGAUAAAUAAGAAUUUCUUCCACUCGGUGUAGACUUUUCUGAUUUACCCGGUGGAGACGGUUUGUCUGUCAUAGUGGAUGUUGUCGAACUGGGUCAAUCCCUUUCCGAAGGUGGCAGCCAUAUAAUGAACAUUUUCCCACUGGAGUUUCAGUAAACUUUUUCUAAUUAUUUUUUCCCACGGACUCGCGAUGUCGAGAGUGGUCCGCACCCUGAGCCGCUGCCUGCUCCCCGCCGAGGCCACCCGAGAGCCGGGCGCGAGCAAGCAGGGCAGCCGAGAGAGGGACGCAGUGCAAGAGCGAGAGGCGAGGCGCCGGAGCCGGGAGAUAGAUGCCAUGCUCGCUCGGGAGAGGAGAGCCGUCCGGCGGCUGGUGAAGAUCCUCCUCCUCGGGGCCGGAGAAAGCGGAAAGUCCACAUUCCUGAAACAGAUGCGCAUCAUUAACGGGCAGGAGUUUGAUAAGAAAGCGCUGCUGGAUUUCCGGGACACUAUAUAUGAGAAUAUAUUAAAGGGUAUGCGAGUGCUGGUGGAUGCCCGAGACAAACUGGGAAUUACCUGGCAGAGCUGUGAGAAUGAGAAGCAGGGCAUGCUGGUGAUGUCAUGGGAGGGGCGUGUGGGUGCCUCGGGGGUGGAGCCGAGUGAGUUCCAACUCUACGUGAUGGCACUGAGCGCACUCUGGAUGGAUGCUGGCAUACAGGAGGCAUACACACGCCGCUCUGAGUUCCAGCUGAGCGAAUCAGUCAAAUACUUCCUGGACAAUUUGGACCGUAUUGGACAGCUGAGCUAUAUUCCAAGCAAGCAAGAUAUUUUGUUUGCAAGAAAAGCGACCAAAGGGAUUGUUGAGCACGACUUUAUCAUCAAAAAGAUUCCUUUCAAAAUGGUGGAUGUUGGGGGUCAGAGGUCACAGCGACAGAAGUGGUUUCAAUGUUUUGAUGGGAUUACAUCAAUUCUUUUCAUGGUGUCUUCUUCAGAAUAUGACCAGGUAUUGAUGGAGGACCGCAGGACAAACCGCCUGGUGGAGAGCAUGAACAUCUUCGAGACCAUCGUCAACAACAAGCUUUUCCUCAAUGUCUCCAUCAUCCUGUUCCUGAACAAAACAGACCUGCUGGUGGAGAAGAUCCGCACCGUGGACAUCCGCAAGAACUUCCCUGAGUUCAGAGGAGACCCCCGUCUGCUGGAUGACGUACAGAAGUUCCUGGUUCAGUCGUUCAGUCAGAAGAGGAGAAACAGGGGGAAGCCGCUGUUCCACCACUUCACCACUGCAGUGGACACAGAAAACAUCCGCUUCGUCUUUCACGCUGUCAAGGACACAAUUCUGCAGGAGAACCUCAAAGACAUCAUGCUGCAAUGACUUUCACGCUUCUGUGAUUGCAACUGUGACACCUGCCACCAUUCCAGGCAUGAAGGUCUUUGCUCUGACACUGAUGAACCUAUACAGACACUGACAUGUGGAAACAGAGUGCAUCUAACUGAUAUUUGUACCUGUGGAUCCCAGCAGUUGCACAUGUAUGUUGACAACUGCUUUGAACCUCUGUAAAUGUGCAACUGAGCUGAAAGGUGGGAAACGCCAACUAUACCUGUGUUAGCACUGAGAGUUUCCUUCCCCUCAUGUAUAUAAGACUGCUGACAACAUUGUCACUAAACCGAGUCGGAGCACUGCCUCCUGGAAGCAGCAUGAGCCAGAUGGAAAGGCCUCCACCUCCACUACAUGUGACCAGAGUGGAGGGUCUGGCCCCUGACUGGUCAUAUGCUGGGUUAUGUGAUAAAGUUGCACAAGUGUUCCUGUCAGUGAACUUUAGCAGAGAGAAGAAGCGAGAGACCCUAUUGUGCUCCAUAUCUCCCUGUAUUUUGCUCCCAUCAUCACACAAGAGAGAACAGCUGCAGAGAAGAAGUCUUAUUCUUCUAAUCUCCUCUCUCAUCUCCUGUCUUCAGCAGUACAAUGGACAGACUGUUCCUCUCGUCCCUUACCAGCACAAACUGUAGACAGACUAAUUAGAGUUAUCUUUGAUGAAAAAAAUACAUAACUCCCGAGUUAUACUCCUCUCAUGAUUUGUCUCCGUCUUCUUUAAAUUCGGAUUUCAUUCGGGGCAGGUUUGAAGUAUUUACUGGAUAAAUUUUGUUUUUUUCUACCUUGAUUAGCUUUACCUGUAUUUUAGGUAAAUAUGAAGGGAACAGUGGAAAAUAUCUAGGCUGAACUGUAACUGACCUAUUUCCCAUGCUAUUGGUUGAGAUUUCAGACUUGUGUUGCAGUUUGAAAGAUAUAAACAGGUUUAAAGUAUCCAGGAACGUGAGCAAUUGCUAGACCUAAGAAAAUCACUGUUUACAUGUUUGGCAAUACAUAUUAUUUUAUACAUGCAAUACCCCCUCUACAUUUAUUGAUGCUAAUGGUAAAGAUGUGCAAGAACACAUAAACAAAUCUUUUUUCACAGUGGUAUAAAAAGUAAGCAGAAAUCAACUUUUAAAUUAUUUGCUUUUAUUGAAAAAGUCCUAAUUUUCUGAAUGGAAAUCAGACAUAAAAUUGAAAAAAAUCAGAAAGAAAAAUCACCAUCACUGAAAGUGUUUUUUUUUUAUUAUUAUUUUUAGGAAUGACUAUUCAAAAACAGAAAAUUAGAUCAACCAGACUUUUUUUGUCUUCAAGAGACUUUCUUGAUUUAGUACAUCAGCGUAUCGUCAGCUAAAUGAUUGAACUGGAUCCCAUAAUGCCCAAUAAUUUUACCAAGAAGAGCCAUGUCUUUACAGACAAGAGAACUGGCACAAACACCACACCCUGUGGUACACCACAGUUAACUCAAAUAUAUGAGAAAGAUUUAUAAAUAAAUGAUGCAACAUGAUUCAUCUCUUAUCAUGCAUUUUAUACAUCUUUACCAAUGGUAGCAAUAAAAGUAGAAGGUGCUGUAUUUAUUUUUCUGAAUAUUUUCUUUUCGUUAUGCCAAAAAUGGCACAGACCGUUUGCUCAAGGAAAGAUGGCAAUUUUAAAUACUGACAUUUUACUAGUGAGGUAAUUCAUAAAAAAUCAAACAAAAACUGCAUAAUUUUCUAGUAAAAAAGUUCCAAAAAUCUAAGCUGAUUGCUACCAUUUUAUAAAUAAAUUAUUUCAGCUAUUUAAAUAUUAGAGGACCUUGCUUGCAACAUUUUAAAGCACUGUCCAUUAAUAUAUUUUAGGAUGGAACCGAGGAAACGUGCUGCACUGAAGCAGUCUGAUUAAACUAUUUGAAUGUGCUCUCAUCACUCUGUUUUAUGUCUGCUUUAUUGAAGAAAAACAUUCAAACUCGAGCAAGCUGAUUCAUGCAACAGAGACUUUAGCAGCUUCAGAAGCCAAUGUUGAUGGAAAUGGAUAAUCUAAAAGUAACAGUUGAUUCCAGCAGUGCAACACAGCCUGUAAAUGUAAAUAAACAUCCCUGAUUAGCUUUUGUCAAAUUAGAAGGGAUGGAAAAAAAAUUCUCACCCAAAAUGCUUUGAACAACUGAAGGUUUGAUCUCUUCAUUAUGCAUCAGCAGUAAUUCAAAUUAUUCUCCAAGGACAUUUAAUCUUCUGUACCUUUAGUUGCAUCAAUCACGAGGAAGAUGACAUGAGAGUGCAUUAAACUGCCUUUUCAGGUUGUGAAGAAUGCACUCAAGACCAAAAUGUGAACAAAUUCAGAUAAAUAAACGUGUUACUGUUUGUCAGGUUUGCCAGAGACAGUCAACUACUAUAUGCCUUUGUAAAUUUGCUAAUUAAAGUGGAGAAGUUUUUUUUAAAUUUUUGACAUGACUGAGUCGUAUUGUGCUACGGCAGCAGGAAGGACACCCGGCCGGCUGCUUUUCUCACACCCAGUGUUUCAUCUGCUUGGCCAAGAGGUGGUCUCACUGUAACACACACCUUAAUGAAAAUUCUGUUAGUCGGUUUUCAAAGUGGUUUCCUUUUAUACACUGAAUACUGUAAAUUUCUGACUGACACUGUGUGUAUAUAAGUAUUACCAUGCAAAAGUGUCCAAUAAGCUCCCAUUUCUUUAAAUUUUCCUUUCAAGGGGCCAGUACCGUGCUAUAUAUAGCAGUUCCAGCAUCGUUCUCAGUUCAGAUCUUAGUCACUUUCAGAGGAGCGAUUAUUGGUACAGCCUCUUAAGUCUAUGAGACAGAAAAAUCCAGACAAAAAAACUUUUCAAAUUCAAAGUAGCAACAAACCCAUUUAGAAUGAUUUGUUUUUUAGGCAUUUAUCAAAUUUUUUCUGUUGAAAAUAUGCAAGAAUUGAUGGAAAAACAUUAUGCUUUUAGCAGUAGAGUUGUUUGCUGAAGACCUGGCAUACAGUGGACAUUUAGCUGAAAGAUAAUCCAUCUUGUGGGUUGCUGGGAUUUUUGAUUUUCAGGUAUGAUUGUAACUGGUAUAAAGUUAACUAACCCUCCUUCUCUCACCCUUGUUCUGAUUUUUCCUGAGUGAGUGUCGUUGCAAUGGAUGUUGGAGAGGAAAACGUCAAAAUGAAGUAAAACAGUUUUAAAAAGAGAAAAAAUCAGGAGAUUUCUUCAAUGUUUAUGUUUCUAUUUUUUUUUUCUGCUGCCUUUCCUUUUUGCUCUGUGGUGAAAUAAACUGCCUUUUGCUGACA